AUGCCUGCCAUCACGGAUGCUCUGCGCAGGCUUAAUCCCUGGCACAAGGACCCCCCACCACCGCUCCCCUCACUCCCCGCCUCAACAGCCUACACCCUCCUCAUCCUCUACGCCCUCGGCUACUUCGUCCCCUUCUACCUAUCCCGCACCACCCGGCCCUCCUUCACCCUCUCACGCGACGCCCCCUCCGUCAUCCGCGCCCGCAUCCGUUCCGUCACGCUCUCGUGUCUGACUUGCAGCGUCGUGACUUUUUUCGUGCUCUUGCGCGCGGGGAAUGGGGGUGGAGAUGGGGGGAAGGCCGUGAGUGGGAAAGAUGCGCUGCAUCUGAUGGGUCUGUGGCCUGUGGGCGUCUGGGAGACGGUGCGGGCUGUGGGGUUAACGGCUGUGUUGUUUGCUGGGCCGUUGUAUAGUUAUUUGUUGGUGGACCGGGGAUGGAAGGACUGGGCGCGGCUGGCGCCGGUGACGGAGGUCUGGGGGGAAUGGACAACGUUCAGGAAUAUCGUUGCCGGCCCCAUAACAGAAGAAAUCCUCUUCCGCACCGCCUCCAUCCCCCUCGCCCUCCUCUCCUCCCCCUCUCCCUCGGGAUCCCCCUCCCUCUCACCAACAAAAAUCAUCUUCCUAACCCCCAUCCUCUUCGGCCUCGCCCACGUCCACCACUUCUACGAGUUCCGCUUCACCCACCCACACGUUCCCAUCGCGCACGCCCUGAUCCGCUCUGCCUUCCAGUUCGCUUACACCACGCUGUUCGGCGCGUAUGCUACUUUUCUGUUUCUCCGCACGGGCUCGCUCGUGGCUGUGUGCGCGGUGCAUGCGUUUUGUAAUUGUAUGGGUUUGCCGCAGGUUCGGGGGAGGGUUGAGCCGGAGGUGAUAUAUGAGGAGGAGGAGGAGGAGGGGCCCGUGACGGGCGCUGGUGUGCCGGUUUUGGCGGGUGGGGAUGCUGGUGCUGGGGGUGAUGGAGGUAAUGCGGGGGAAGGGUAUGGUGCUACGGACACUGGCAAUGACACGGGCCCAGGCCCGGCUACGGGGAGGACAUUCUCGAGAGUACGGAGUCGACCGAGUAUUCUGUGGACGGUGGCGUAUUACACGCUGCUUGUGGGCGGCGCGGUGGGGUGGUAUCGAAAUCUGUGGACGUUGAGUGAGAGUGGGAAUGCGUUGGUGCCGAGUUCUGCUUUUUGA